UUUUACAUGAAGGGGAGAGUUUCACCACAGCUGGAAGGGUAGUUGGUCAGAAUGAAGUGGCAUAAUGCUGCUAACUUUAGACUGUUAAUAGAAAGGGCUACAUGAUGAUUUACUCAUGUUGAGAAACAAUUUCUGUUUUCUGAGAAAGCCGCCUCCAUAAGACUGGGUGGCCACUUUGGAUAGGUGUAAUAGGUGCCAAAGGAACUUUUUCUCUAUUGUACCUCAGUGCUAAACCACAUGAUGAGUCUGAUCCUAGCAGGAAUGAAGUCAGUGAAGUAACCUGAAAUUCUUGGAUUUUGCCCAUUUUGGUGCGCAUGAAGGCAACAUAAAAUUUUAGAUAGAUAAAAUUGCCAUAUAUUGCAAUUUUUUUCAAACAGUAGAAUUAUUAGAAGUGUGUGUGAAGUGGCUUGUUUUAGUGCCAGAAUAUAUUAUGGGAAGAAACACAGCAAAUGGGGCCUGAGUUUAAAGUAUACUGUAAUAGCUUAUUAAUUUUUAAUUAAUAAUAGCUUCUAGUUUCAACAAGUUGAGUGUAGUUGUUGGUAUAAUUUUUCUAAUUAACAGCAAGAGAUGCUAACCUGUGGUAAAAGUACUCUGUUUUAGACUGGAAUGUAAGGAUCCAGUAUUCCCUCUGUGCAUUAGUGUACAAAGAUAAUUAAGAGAUUUCCCAUAUACUGUCUUUUAUCUAAGACACACAUAUUAAAAAUUGCGUUAAUCUUUCUUCAGAGAUCAUACAAGCCUUUGUUUUUUGUCAUUUACACAUUCUUUGUAAUUUGUCAAUGUUGCUGUUUCUUUUAUAGUCAAAUGAAGGAGAACUGCUCACUGCUCCCAAAUGUGAGAUUAGCAAAGCUGGUGUAAACAGGAAUUAUUACUUCACUGGCUUUAAAAAUCAAACCUGGUGUAUGCAUGACUAGCAUGUACAACAUUUGCUUCUCUUGAAAUAGUACAAACUCUUUCCUAUCAUGUGCUUUUCUAGGGAUGGCUCAGGGAUAAAAUGUGCCUUUUUUUUUUCCCUUAAUCUAGUAUCUGUUACUUGUUAUAUUUUCACAGACAUCCUUCAUUUCACAGCCCUUUGAAAUCUCAAGUAUUUUUCUGUGUACUUCCCACCUUUUCUCAGCAGUCUGGUUGGUGAAUAGCUCUGUACUGUUUCUGCUUGUAUGAGAUAAAAUUAUGGAUAUUGAGGAGUUACAUUUGCCAAACUAACCAAAAUGAAUAGGUAGAAUCAUGGAAUAUCCUGAGUUGGAAGGGACCCAUCAGGAUCAUUGAGUCCACCUUCUGGCCUUGCACAGGACAGUCCAACAAUCACACUGUGUGCCUGAGAGCACUGUCCAAAUGCUUCUUGAACUAAGACAGGACUGGUGCUCUCACCACUUCUCUGGAGAGCCUGCUCCAAUGCCCAGCCAUCCUCUGGGUGAAAAACAUUUUCCUCAUACCCAGCCUAAACCUGCCGUGACUCAGCUUCAUGCUGUUUUUUCAAGUACAGGAAUCAUUAAUUGGAUGGGUUGCUUCAAAGCUGGAAAAUAGAUUUGUAUACAAAAACUCCUUGUAAAAAGAGGCAAAAUAGACUGAAGAGAUCUAGUGCUUUUGAAUGCUUUAACUUAAUUAGUGCAUUUUCCCAUGAUAUCUCUGCAGAAACUGCAAGAUGUUUUACUUUGUCAAAUUUUUCUGUGCUUGGAAGAAGGAAAUAGUGAAUUACAGUCUUAAAAGCCUUUCUGUAUGUAUAACAUGAAGAAAAGAAGGGUUAGAAAAAGGAAGUUUGCUCAUGUAAUUGAAAUAGUUAUAAAUUAAAUAAUAGUCUGGGUAGGAGAUAUUGUAAAUAAUGUGAUGGACUGCAAUGUAUUUUGAAAGAAAAUAUCUCUUAAAAAAGUUUUAUUCCUGGUCUAGUCCAAAGUGGUUUUCUGGAGUCCCGUCUGUAAAAGUAGAGAUAACAUUUUGGUAGUCCUUUGAGCUUGUCUGACUUGUGGCCUGUGCAGUCUUGCUCUCCCCUCAAGCCAGCACUCACACAAGAUGAUUUGGGGAGAUCAGGCUGAAAACUGGUUCUGGUAUUUCAUUGCACUAUUUCAGUACAUUUAGUGGUAUUGACAGGAAAAAAAAAAGAUAUAAAAGAAACAAAAGAUGUAGAAGGCUGCUGCUUGGGAGGAAGAUAAAAAGACACACUUAUAAGUAUCUUUUAUUAGGCUUUAGUUUAGCAUAAUUAUGCAUAUACAAAAAGAAAUUAAUCAUUACAACAGGCCAUUGACCCAGCCAGAGAUCAGAAGGCAUAGUUGCAUGGACCUAAAUGGAUCUCUUUAAGUAAUCAAGCAAUUUGAGAAUUAAAAUGCUUUCUAUGGGGACUUCUGCUUCUGACGCCAGGACUCUUUUGAAGACCUUGUUUAUUGCAUGGUUUAAAGGAAGAUGAUGUUGUUAGUGAAUUCUGAGCAUCCUUCAGGAGGCUGAUGACCCUUCUGUUGUCCGUGUGUGCUGUCAUGGACAGCUUCAAACGCUCUUUUCCAAAACACUACAGGCAGUUAAUGCAACUUAUAAAGGACUCCUGACUUUUUGCAUCUUCCUAAGUCCUAUCUAGAUGCCACCAGUGUUUCCCAUGUUAACAGUUCUGAGCAUGUUUUACUACAUGUGCCUUCGGCGCCGAGCUAGGACAGCGACGAGAGGAGAAAUGAACAGUCGGAGGGCUAUUGAAUCGAACACCCGCGCCUUACCUAUCAACGUUGAAAUAGUUCAGUAUGCCAAAGAAGUGUUGGAUUUCAGCUCUCACUAUGGCAGUGAGAACAGCAUGUCCUAUACCAUGUGGAAUUUAGCGGGGAUUCCCAACGUGUACCCUAGUUCUGGUGACUUUACCCAGACUGCUGUCUUUCGAACUUACGGGACCUGGUGGGAUCGCUGCCCGAGCGCUCGGCUGCCUUUCAAGAGGACACCAUCCACCUUCUGUAGCCAAGACUAUGUGGAACUUGCUUUUGAAGAACCAGUUUAUCCCACUGCUGUGCACAUUCUGGAAACCUAUCAUCCUGGAGCUGUAGUCAGGAUUUUGGCAUGCUCCGCAAAUCCUUACUCACAAAAUCCACCAGCUGAAGUAAGAUGGGAAAUACUUUGGUCUGAGGCACCUGCAAAGGUGAAUGGUCCUCAGGCUCGGCAGUUCACACCUUGUAUCAAACAGAUAAACUUCCCCACAAACUUGAUCCGACUGGAAGUGAACAGCUCUCUUCUGGACUAUUACACUGAAUUGGAUGCAGUAGUACUACAUGGUGUGAAAGAGAGGCCUGUGCUUUCACUUAAGACUUCAAUGAUUGAUAUGAAUGACCUAGAUGAAGAUGAGGAUGAAGAAAAAUUUGCCUGUGGAAUGGACGCCCUUAAUAAGCAGUUCAGCAUUGUUACCCUCAGGGAAUGGCCAACUAAUGGAUAUUUUGAUAAACUGCCUUAUGAGCUCAUCCAGUUGAUUUUGAGUCACCUUACAGUACCAGACCUGUGUAGACUAGCACAAACUUGUAAGCUACUGUAUCAACAUUGCUGUGACCCUCUACAGUACAUUCAUCUCAGUUUACAACCUUACUGGGCAAGGAUUAAUGACACAUCCCUGGAGUACCUACAGUCUCGCUGCACACUCAUCCAGUGGCUGAAUUUAUCUUGGACUGGAAACAGGGGAGCCAUCUCUGUUUCUGGAUUUAGCAGGUUCCUGAAAGUCUGUGGCUCUGAACUAGUACGUCUUGAGUUGUCUUGUGGCCAUUUCCUCAAUGAAACAUGCUUGGAAGUCAUCACUGAAAUGUGUCCAAAUCUUCAGGAAUUAAAUCUCUCAUCAUGUGAUAAAAUACCACCUCAGGCUUUCAACCACAUAGCCAAAGUGGGCAGCCUAAAGCGUCUCAUUCUCUACAGAACGAAAGUGGAGCAAACAGCCCUGCUCAGUAUUUUGAACUUCUGCUCGGAGCUGCAGCACCUCAGCCUGGGCAGCUGCGUCAUGAUUGAAGACUAUGACCUUAUAGCAAGCAUGAUGGGAGCAAAAUGCAAAAAGCUUCGCAGUCUGGAUUUGUGGAGAUGUAAAAACAUCACUGAAAGCGGGAUUGCGGAAUUGGCUUCAGGCUGCCAGCUUUUGGAAGAACUUGACCUUGGUUGGUGUCCUACGCUCCAGAGCAGUACAGGCUGCUUCACAAACCUUGCGCGCAAACUCCCGAAUUUGCAGAAGCUCUUUCUUACGGCCAACAGGUCUGUGUGUGACACAGACAUCGAGGAGCUCGCUGCCAACUGCACGCACUUGCGGCAGCUGGAUAUAUUGGGAACGAGGAUGGUGAGUCCUGCAUCUUUAAGAAAAUUGCUGGAGUCUUGUAAAGAUCUUUCUUUACUUGAUGUGUCCUUCUGUUCACAGAUCGAUAAUAGAGUUGUGCUAGAACUGAAUGCCAACUUUCCUAAUGUGUUCAUAAAAAAGAGUUUCACCCAGUGACUCCCUACAUAUGCUGCUGUGGAACGUGUUUGACAGAGUUGUUUUCCUGUAAAUUUGUGCUGAUUUUUUUUUUUGUUAAAGAGAAUAUAAAUCUGCUAUAAAAUAGUGGAAACUAUUAAUUAUCUACACAAAUGGGUAAAAUACAUUUAAAUGUUUUAUGUUUCUUUAAGUUGAUAUUGUACCUAAGAAUUAUUUUGCUCUGUUAAUUGGUGGCACUGCAUGUUUUUAAAUACUAGCCAUAUGUCUGGCUUUAAUGAGAAGCUAAUGAAUGUCUUCUUAAAUGUCCCUUCACAGGGUGUUAUACACAGUACACUAUGUUAAUAUCCAGGUGAAAGCUGAAGUUCAAUAUUUAUCAGUAGGGAAAAUAUGGGUGCUUCCUUUUCAUGUGUUUGUGUGUGUAUAUAUAAAUGUAUACAUAUGUAUUUGUAUAUACAUACACAGAUAUUGUAGCAUUCUAGUUUGGCCUGCAGCAUAGAAUUUUAUCAUCUGGCCUUUAAUUAGUUAUUUGAAAACCAGUUUAAGUGUGUAUAAGAACAGAUAGAAAAGGCACUUUGUCUUCUUCGAGUUUUGGCAAUGAACUGUAUCUGAAACAGUUUCCUCCCUUCCUUCACCUGAAAUAGAUGUAGUGAUGUUUUACAGUCCAGCCUAAGCAGCACAACAGAUAGAUGCAAGAGCCUGGACCACCUGAACUUAGAGCAGAAAUGAAAGAUAAAAUUGACAGCUGCUUCUUGAUAUUGAGAUACAAAGUUUAAGCCAAGUACUUAUUGUCAUAACUGAUAAUGUGUAGAAAACUCCAGGGUAGUUUUCUUUUUCAAAUUUCUGUCAUGGUCAAGACUUUAUUUGUGAUAUAUCUGGUUAUUGUGCAGAGUACCAUGAAAAGUAGAACUUAGGGUAAUGUGUUAGCAACUGUCCUUUCACUGGCAUCAAAUCUACUGUCAGGUGUAAAAACAAGCAUCUUUGUUCAGUAAAACAGCAAUGAAAAUACAAUGGGUUUGAAACAAGGGCAAUAUGAUUUGAUGAUUUUAUGAUCACCAAACCUUAGUACUGGAUUUGUUUUGUUUGGGGUUUUGUUUUGUUUUGUUUUUCCAAGAGGAGAGUAGCUCAAAGUACUAUUGGACUCUCUCUUUAAGACUGCUUAACCUCUGGAGAAGGUAAACUGUGUUGAUGGACAAUUUCUGGAAGUUUCUUCCUUUUGCACUUUCUUGGAUGAAGCUUUUCUCUUUUUUUUUCCCUUGAAUAACACUGCUGGAGUAAGUUGCUCUGUACAGCUUGGGUUUAGAAUUUUACCUUUUUAGUCAUUGUUGAUGCAUAUGGACCAUAAAAUGUAGGCUGUCUUUUGAUACUGAUUCUGUUAUUCUUGUAUUGAUGGCACUUAGUACCUACUGGAAUAAGAAGAAAAAUACUUUGUCUGAGAGAAGUACAGUAUUGUACUGAAGAUCAGUGACAAAGAACACUUCAGUUCAUGCAGUAAAUAACCAACUGCUACUAGAGGACUGCUGCAAAUUGUUAAAAAUUUGACAAUCUCUGUGACUCCUGAAUGACUGCUUCGAACUCUUUGUGCUGGUGCCAGUACUUUAUAAACCAUGUCAUGAAACAGCUACAGAACAUUUAUCUGAUUUUAUUGAAAGACCUAGUUCUUCAGAUUUUUAAAUUUUGCUGAAUCUCUGGGGAAUUCCAGAUCCAAAGAAGGGCAUGCACAGUUGGCUUUUUGAUUUUUUUUUCCCUCCACACAGAUGGCACUAUGGGAUUUCCAACUAGUUUAUGCCAUUCCAUUUUUUUUCUUCUUUAGAAAUCUGGCCAUUGUCAGAGAACUUUAAAUUGAUUUAUUUUUUUUUCCAUACUGAGAGAUGUUAACUUUGGUAUGAUUCUCUGUGAGACCUCAUUUCUCUCAAUCAUGUUUGGGUUCAUUUGUUUUUCUGUGAACUUGUAACUUUUUUUAGUCUAUAUUUUUCACUGUAAUUAUUAAACGUUAUUAUUCUAGUUACAUGAGAACACAGGUACAGAUAAUGGGAGUUUACAAAGAACAGAGUUCAAAACAAAUGUAUUUGUUCUAAAAUUUCACUUCUCAGGGGUUGUUCUGAGUUUAUAUCCUUUUUUUUUCUAUAGAGAUUUGUUUUGUGUCUUUUUCAGUGUAAAUAGAGUGGGAUGUGGAUGAAGUGAUAGCCAUUGUGCCUUCAAACUGGUAAACUUGGUAGAUAAUAGAGUUUUUCUCAUCAGUGAAUCAAAUAAGUGGUUUUGUAAUCAUAUACGUGUAAAGAAUUUCAUUCUCUGUUGCUUUUUAGGUAGCGUACAGAAGGUUUAAAUUGAAAUUUUGUUCCUACUGGAGGAUUUUUUCUUUCUUAUGUUGCAUCUUCCGUUUAAAAAUGGUUUCUUCAGGAAUUCUCUAUUUCCACUUGGAAGAUAAAUUGAAGUUGAAUUUUUAUUUGGGUUGUUUAAAAUUUGGCUGUUACUGACAUAUAAUUAAUUCAAAGAGCAGAGAAGCAAUUGGGAAUGACUUCCAUCUAUAGUUGUAGACUUCAACCUUCAGUCAGAGAGUAAGAAGCUCUUUUAGCUAUGGCCUUAUAAGUCCAAGAAGUCUUCCAGCAAAACAAAGUUAGACCAGACUUGACAUUUGUAAUACUUGUAGGAUAAAGAAAACAACUUGCUUUUAGACCUUCCCCGUACGUCACAGAGAAGCAAGAAUAGGUCGCUGUCUCUUUAGUUCUGCUAUCUUAUACUUAAGUGUGUCUAUUUAUUUAUAUAUAUGUAUGCAUAAAUUAUGUAUACAGACACAUACAUUUGUCUGUCUAUAUGAAUUCUUUUGGAUAUGUGUACAUACAUAAACAUAUAUGUAUAAAUCUCAAAGUUUUUCAUGUAGGAAUUACUUUUGUAAAGUGAGUGUAAUAGAAAAAAGGUGUUUCAUAGCAGUUCUGCUUUCAACUAUUGCUUUACUCUACCUGGAGACUGAGUUCAUCUCUACCAUGCAGCAGAAAAAGCCUGGACAGAUGUGCUGAAUUUCCAGUGUUGCUUUGCCAAAGUGCCUUUUGGUUUGUCUGCUCGUGAAAGGUGUUACAGGGUAUGAAGAGUGAAUGCCAAGUCCGAUCACUACUGUGGACUGUCUCCUUGCAAAGCAGUCAUAUAGAGGGAAACUUAUAUUCUGGUUUCAUUUGAUCCAAAAUGAAUUAUGUCGAUUCCUCCACUGGCAGAAUUUAAUUACUCUUGAACUGGGUCUCAUCUCCACCAUUAGACUGUCCCUCAGUCAUGUUAUCUAAAUUCUGUUGUUAAGGAUAUUCCUUUUUUAAAAUCCUGUUGUUUGAUUAUCUGUCUUUCUGAAGCUUUGUAAAAGAUGUGCUUUGGCAACAAAUGUUAAAAAAAACAUGACUAACAUGUCCAAAAGAAGGAGUUUACUCUGAACUGCUCCUGUUUUUAAACUAAAGGGGGUCUUCAAUACUCUCUGUAUGAAAUUGAUGUGGGAUGGCCUGUAGGUAAAGAUGUAAUUCCUUGGGUAAUUUUAAAAACUAGUAUAAUAACUUUACCAUUUAAAGCAUCUUCUUAACUCUUCAAGGCUUUAAUUCAGUAGUGUACUUGUAUUCAUAAUUUUGAGCUGUCUGGCUGCAUAGCUCUAUGAAAUGGAUGGGGUUUCUGUUUUUUAAAUUAUACACCUGAUUAAGUCCAUUAGUGAGCAUGAUUUAUAUAGAACAAUUUUGCAUGGGAGUUUGGACCUUAUAAUCUCCCAUGUACUUGGAGGUCCAAGUUUCAGAUAAAAAACACAAGCAAACAAACAACAAAACCUACCAAAACCUUUGUAUUUCCUUAGAACUCUUAUGCUAAGUUUUCCAGAUAUAAGAUGCCCAGUAAUCAUGGUACACAGUGAGUAGAAUUCAUCUCACUGAAUGUUAGUUCUCUGAAAGUUAGACAUCUACUUCAAGGGAGGAAUCUGGGCACCUCUAGAGAGUUAUUAAUCUCCUAAGGCAGACAUUUCAGGAAAGUAGAAUGAAUCAUGUUCUAGAGAGCCUCUCUGGAGACUGUGGAAGCUGUGAUUUAGCUCAGGUUAGAUACUAAACUGAGAUUAAUUCCAUCCAGUGCUGUACUACCUGUCUUGAAAAACAAGACUGAAACAACAUCCAUCCUUAAACCUUCAAACCCUCCAAAUUCCAUCCAGAGAGAAGCAAAAAAAAAAAAAAAAAAGAAAUUCCGAGGAGGAAACCUUGAGGAGUUUUCUUAAUGCCAGGAUCUGCUUCUGCCCCUUGUUAAUACCUGUGGUAUAUCAUUUGUUUUAUUUUGUUAGUUUAUUUGGCUUUUGGGUUUGGGUUUUUUUGGAAAUACAUCCUCUUUCCCUUUUCCAGAAUCUCAUGUGCCUAACUGGCUGUACGUAUAGUUCUGUAAAUGCGUGAACAGACAAACAUAAUUAAUGUAUUGCCACUAUUUUGAUAAUCUUUCAUAUUGCUAUAAUUAAGACUGAGUAGUUUAACUGCUCUACUGUCAUCAGAAAUGUCACCCACUGUGCAUUUGCAAAAAUUGUGUGCUGAGUCUUGGUUCUUACUGUGUGUACUUAUUGCAUCUUUUGGGAUAUAUUUCCCAUGUCACCUCAGCAGGACUGCUAAAUUUACAAAAACUAAAUAAAAUGUAGCAUUUUAUUAUGAGGACUAUGGGAGCGACUUUAUAUAUAUGAUUUACAUGUUCAUUGUUGCUCUUUAACAGUGAUUCUGUAAGUUGUAGCUUUGGAAAUUACUAGACUAGAAAUCCCUGGUUUAAUGCAUCUGCACUUGCUGUGUCAGAUGCAGCCAACGUUUUUUCCUAAAUGAAGGCAUUAGUCCUUCACUGAGAUGAUGAUUUCUGUGAUUUUCAGAUAUCUGACUUGAUAAUGAAGUGCAAGAAGGUGCUCUUUAAUAAAUGUUACCAGCACAGGACAAGUUGUGGUAACUGACAUUUGGAAGGACUGAGAAAUGAGUGUUGUUGCAUGGUACAGAUCCUCAGGAGCUUCAGAGAGAUGCAUCAGCAGGAAGAGUCUCAUUAAGAAGAUUCAGCCUCUGUAAUAGGAGGCAGUGGUGAGAUUUUCCCUUUCAGCUAACACUUUAGUACUAAAUACUUUUGUUUGAGUUACAUAGCUCUGGUUUCUCCUUGUCUUGUCUUCACUUCAGGAUGGUAAAUGGCGUGGUUAGGACAGACGUCCUAAACUGAAGGGCAUCCAUUGUGAGGAAUGAAGUUUUUCUGUUGUAUGUUUUGUUCAUCUUUUCUAAAAAUAAAAGAAUAAAAAUUGCCUCAACUCUUCGAAAACUCAUUUUCCUUAGAUUCUGAAGAAAUGAAAAUGUCAAGAAGGUUGAGGAAAGGAAAAAAGAGGACUUAGAAUAAGUCCUUAGAUUUAUCUGGAAACUCAUGGAAGGGUAGCCAGAGCUGUUUAUAGAUGUGAGGAAAGUAAUUGCCUUGCUCUAGGUCAGCUCUACUUUUCCCAGAAACAUGGCUUUCCACAUAGUAUCACAUGCUUGUACUUCUAAAUAAAGAUUUACUCUUUAGAUGCUCUUAAUAUUGACUUUUUGUGUACACGUUUGUGCAGUAAGUCAGAAUGUCUUUUUGUUUCAUUUUUAUCAACUACAUAAAAAUACUUUUUCUUUUCCUACCAUUGUGAAAUCAUGGUUUUUGUUAUUUAGUGAAACUAUUUAAUGCAUGUACACACAGGCACACGUAAGACUUAAUUGCUCAGAUUUUUUGGAGCUGGUCCUUUUCUAAGGACAAAGUGCAGUUUGGGGGUAAAAAUGGUAAAAACUCUAGAGAAGGUUCAAGGGAAAUCUGAUCAAUGUAUUGGAAUACCUGAUGGAGGGAAACAAUGAAGAAGAGGGAGCCAGAUUCUUCUCAUUGAUGCCCAUGAGCAGGACAAGAGGCAAUGUGCACAAGCUGAAACACUCAAGAUGACACAUUCUAUGGCACAGGUUGCCUAGAGAGCCUGGGGAGUCUCCAUCCUUGGAGAUACUCAUCAUCCUGGGCAACUUACUGGGUGGCCCUACUUGAGCUGGUGGAGGCUGGACUAGAGGACCUCCAGAGGUCCCUUUCCAGCCUCAUCUGUUCUUUGUUUUAUCAUUGAAGAUAUGCCUGUGGUUGGUUUCUUUGCUUCAUUGUACUAAAUGCUGAAGAAGGUAGGGAGAGGGGAAAAGAAAGAGUACCUGUCUUAAGGAACUUGGCAUGUUGGGAACAGACGCAAGAAUCUUGUACAUUUCCUUUUUUGUUAUUUUAGGAGAAGUAACAUCUCUCCCUAUUUAAGUUAACAGGAAAAUCUCGAUGCAACUUAACUGGAAUAAAAUUUUGGUAACGUUUUCAACAUGCAGAUCUGUGACACACAAAACACACAACUGUUUUAUGGGAGUGUGAUUGUCACUCCAAAGCCUGAAAGUUAAACCAAGGACUAAGAAAAAUAACCCUGUUCUUGGGCACUGGCAGUAGUUUCUGGGUAGAAACUGAGUUGUCUAUAAUACACUAGGAAUGGUUUAGUUUAAUAUCUUUAGUAUUUGUUUAUGUAGACCUUACUCUGAACUGGGAUUGCCAUGGUUUAGGUGACAGGUAUUCCUACUUACUCUAUUGGGUAUAGCAGUUACCUGUUCAUAGUGUCAAACACAAAUGUUCAAAUUCAGGUGAAAAAGAGGACCAAGUCUAUGAAGCAGUGAGAUGUCUGACUAUUUUAGGGAGGUACCGUGUAUAAUUGUGGUGAGUUCCCAUCUUUUGCAUGUUUACUGUUUUACCGUUACCAGGAGUUGUUGUCUCUGCUCACCAUCAGAGAUGGGUUUCCUUUAAUCAGACCUUGGUCUCUCUAGAUUUUUCUUUAGGGCAGUGCCACAGAUUUUUGCACAUACCCACUGUUCUGAAAUAAACAUAAAAAAUAAAGUAAAAUAAAAUAACCAGGAAUUUAUGUGUUCACAGGGAGACCUUGCACUUUCUGAUUUAACUUUGACAAUUACAGGUGCCCUUCAGCUGUCAAAGGGAAAUCUGUGUGAUGGUGAUCUUUCUGGAUUUUGUUAAUGAACAUAAAGCCACUGCAGCUCUUCAGCAUCUUGUGGCAUUUUGCAUUUAUGUCCUUGCCAGGCAGAUGGUGGAGUUGAGGGUUGUGGAGGUUGGCCUAGCCCUGGAAGUGAGGUGUGUGAAUACCUAAAUCCAGCACCUGGAUUCAUUUAAACAUAAUAGGUCUCUCUCCCUGCCCCCCAUCGCAUAACCAGCAACAAAAUACUUGCAUUGUAUUUAUGAUUUAAUAGUACGCUCCAUUUUCUUCUGCAGUAGGAGUUUGAGUAAUGUAACAAGAAACUCCUACUGCAUUACCUUUUAAAGAAACUAAUUUCUGUAAAGGUGGAAGUGCAGCAAUAGAGGGAAUAGUUCCAGACACUAUCUGUAAAUACCUGUGCAGUGCAUUCUAUGCCUGUAAGCACCAGAAGCAAGUUAUGCCUUUUUGUAAUAACAAGUUGAGAAGGACAAAAGGGGUAAUUGCUUCUAAGCACAUUUUCUGUAGCUGGAGGAUAUUUAUAUCAUUGAAUUUUAAAUAUCUAGAGUAGAUACUGAAGUUAGGACACUAUUCUUCUAGGGUCCUGUCACUGAAUAGGUAGGUUCUUCUGUUGGGUAAUUUGGAUCAGAUUAGUCUUCAAUUGAGGUCUUCAACUGACCUUUGGAGAAGCAGAGGUCUAUGUAGACCCAAUAAAAUUUCUAUUGGAAGCUCGCAUGACUGGAUUCAGAGUAAGAGGUUGCUUACCUCUUGGUGCUCUCUAUUAGUCCCCUAGCUUGACUUGCUUCCAUCAAAGGCCACCACUUGCUUUGCUCCAUUAGUUGAACUGGAUUUGAUUGCUCCCUACAAAAUAUCUCAGUUAAAACUAGAAAACUGCUUGUUUUCUAGUAGUUGUCCUUUUGGUUGUUAGAGGUUUUUUUAUCCUCCCAAUCUGGCUAUUAAAGCAAGCAGAAGGAAGGGGGCAUUUAGCUUCAAUUAAAAGAAUAACAAGCAGCAGGUGGGAGCAUGUUGGUUGUGCAAAUGCUUUAAUUCAAAUUAGCAUAAAUGAGGAUAGCCACUUUUGAUUGUGGUCCAAAGCUUCUAAAUUUUUACAUAGUUCAUCUCAGUACUGUGCCACAAAAAUGUCCAGAGUGAGGUUUAUUUGUACCUCAUGGUGGUGACUCAAGCCCUAAAGUAUAAAAUGCUACUGUGAACAUAUGAGAAUGUUCAGGUCCUAACCAGCUUCAAUAAAUUCCCCAAAAAAGAUCCUUCCUUCCAAACAGACAUUGGAAGUUUUAGAUUAGAAGGGCUAAUAAGAGCAUAUCUAAAGUAUGGUGAAGGCAGUGGUUAGCAAAUCUAAGCUGGAAGGAGGGGCAGCAGUUCUCUGAUGGAUUUUCAGGACCGUUUUCCUGAUCUUAAGCUGCAUUGUCCCAUGAAACCAACAUCAUCCUUUGCAGUCCUAAAUAUAGUCAGUAUUCCAAGAGCUCUUUCUGUAUAUGCAGUCUUAGAUCCCAAAUCUGUUUUCUGUGUUCCUAUUCAGUAAUUAGCUAAUCCACUUUUUAGUUUUGUCCUCCUCUUAGUAUACUACCCGUGUUUAUCUUAACAUCUACAUUUAUUUUUAAUAUUCCUCUCUGAGACUCAUGCUUUUCUUUUAUGCUUAGGCAAGUACUUGAUUACAUUUCAAAACAAGUUUUUUCUUCUGAUCUGUGUCCUGCUUGAUGGAAACUAAGUGGAAGAAAAUGUUAUUGGUGUAUUCCAUCUUUUCAGGUUUGGCUACUGUAUCUUCUUUCUUUUUGUGUGUAAACCCAAAGGUUUUACAUGUGUCUGCAUUUGCAGACACAGCUCUGGCAUGGAUCCCUGGCUCCUCCUCAUUUGACUGAUGCUUUUGGGGUAUGAAGUAUGGGUUGACUUGAAUACACACAUAAACAGAAAACAGAGAUGUUAGCCCUGUAUUCAUGAAGGAUUUCAUUUAUUAUGGAGAAAUAAUCUAAUGCCUUAUAUUGCUAAUUCAAAGAUAAAAUCUUAUUCUCUUUAAAAGUUAACCAAUGAUUUCUAUGUAGGAAAUUAAGCUUGUUUUCUUCUGCUGCGUUGGAUCAUUUAAAAUAUCAUAAUACUCUAUUGUGCAGUUUACUCCAUUACUGCCAAUAUAAAGAAGUUGAAAUUAAUGUUCUCCCUAAGUUGUCAGUGUCUGCUAAUUCAGAGAUGACAGAAAUGUGUUAAAAUAUAUUCAACCUAUAAUAUUUAUCUUGCUUUGCACCUAAUUUGUUUCCCUUUGACUGUGUUGCAAAAUGCCAAGUGUACAUAAAAUAAUGAAUAAAUAAAAAAUAAAAUAUUUGUCUACA